AUGCUUCUCUCACACUCCCUCAAAACCGGGGUCACCACCGGCUUUAUCAAAGGCACUCCCAGCUCAGAAGUUGAAAAGUCCUUGACUCAUCUCAAAGCAUGUGCCUACCAAGUUGGACACCCCAUGUUACUCCCCAUCAUCAUCCUCACGUAUGAUCUAUCCCCCGAAAACGACGAGAAACAGCGAAAGGCUCGGCACUGGCUUCGCCGUCUCGAAAAUGCCGUGAGUUUGCGCAAUGAAGUUGAGGAGCAGGAACAGUACUUUCAAAACGGAUUCAUCGAUAUCGACGGUCUAAGUCGUGAUCUGGUUGAGUGUCAUGGCAAUGUCAUGUGGAAACGACCUCAAGCAUAUGAAGCACUGGUCAAAGAGAUGGAAAAGGCCAUGGAGACCUUCCGUUUUGCUUGGAUGACACUGGCUCCUGCGGCCGAGGAGCAAAACGAAGCCGAAAGAAAGCACCGUAAGGAGAUUCAAAAAUUGCAUCGAAGUAUGGCAUCUCGUUUGGACUUUUACAAAGUCAAGCUCAAGGGCUUGGAGAACUACAUUCAUACAACUCUCGAGAGACUCAAGGUUCAGCGGGAAGCGCUCUACAACAUCAUGUCACAGCGUGAAGCAAGACUGAAUCUUGAAAUUGCAGGAGAGCAGAGGCGAAUAGCCCAUGCUAGCAAGCGAGACAGUACGGCUAUGAAGACAUUAUCGCUCAUGGGUGCCCUAUUUUUACCUGGAACAUAUCUCGCAUCCGUUUUCAGCAUGACAUUCUUCGACUUUGGAAAAGAUGCCGACCCUGUCAUUUCUGUUGAGCUUUGGGUAUACUUUGCCAUAACGGUUCCUGUAACGGCGCUGAUAGUCGGUGCCUGGACCUUCAUUGACAAACGCCGCCAAGAGCAGCACAAAAAGGACGACGCAGACCUGGAGAAGAAUAUCGACAAGAUGGAAAAGGAGAUCAUGUUUGCCCUUAGGAAGCGGACAAUGAGUAAAGCCAAUACCUGGAACACUGUCAGCCCACCCCCGAAGCCAUGA